UUGUUUAGCGCUUCGGCAGACAAGACGAUUCGGGCGUGGGACAUUUCGAGUCGACGCUGCGUACAAGUUCUAGAAGAGCACACGCGGCCGGUGUUGUGUUUAGCGGUGUGCGUAAAGCACGACAAAUUAUUUAGUGGUUCGUACGAUUGCACCGUGCGGGUGUGGAACCUGAGCACGUACCGAAGAAUCACCUAUCUUCCCGGCCACACAGACGCCGUGCGGGCGCUUCAAGUGUACAACGAUACGACACUGUACACGGCAUCUUACGAUCACACCAUUCGUGCGUACGACAUAGAGUCGCUCGAGUUGCUCAAGGUUCUUCGAGGUCACAACGGUCCCGUGCGCACGUUGGUGACGGUGAAUGAUUACGUCUUUAGCGGAUCGUACGACAGAACCGUGCGCGUCUGGCCCGCGUACACAGCCGAUUGCGUUCAAGAACUCAAGGGCCACGGUGACAACGUGCGUGUUUUGACGGUGGAUGAUAGACACCUGUACAGCGGAUCUUGGGACAAGACUAUUCGCGUGUGGGAUUUAGAAACUUUCAGCUGCAAGCACAUCAUCAACGGCCACACCGAAGCCGUGCUGGCGCUGUGCGUCAUGGGCGGCCACUUGGUUUCCGGCUCGUACGACACCACCGUGAGGUUAUGGGGCGUGCAACCGGAGACCGAGUUUGAGUGCGUCGGAGUGUUCCAAGGUCAUCACGACGCCGUUCGCGUUUUGACAAGCGCCGGGCGCAACGCGACGACGGUGUUUAGCGGCUCUUACGAUGGCUCGAUAGGAUUCUGGCGAUUA